AUGGGUGAUCCGUUCGAGAUCCGGUUGCAGUUUACCAAAAUGCUGCAGAGGCUGAAUGCCUCGGUGAAUGCCUCCAAAAGCUGUGCAGCAUUUGCUCUCAAGCACAAAGACCUCGAUGAAGAUCUUCACAGCUGCAUAUUGGAGCAAUUGGGAGAGUCUAGUAUGAACAACCGCGUUAAUCUUCUCUAUUUCAUCGAGCACCUUCUUGAGAUGUCCGUCUCAAAAGGCAUCAGCAACUACAUUCCCAUGAUCCAAUCCGAGUUCCGUACGAUCGUUGACUGCGUCAGCCCCCCUGACCAGUCUGGCCUUCAAAAUAUCGCGAGUACUCGGAAGGUGCUGGGGAAGAUCAGAGACCAGAAGCUCAUGAGUACAGAAAUAUACGACGAAUUGAUAUCAUCGUUGGACACACGCGAAAAAGCCGGUCAACACCAGCAUUCCGAUGAUGAAAGUAAUAAGUCAGAGUCCGAGGAGCUGGAAGAGGUUGAUCAGGUACCCAAUGGUACCAGCAUUGCAACUAUGAUAGGAAAGGACCCAGAGUACCCAGAUAGCACGAAGGGGUCGCCAUCAGCUCCCAUUUCAGCGAUACCAUACUCCCCGACAGCUGUGAACCCCGUCGAUAGUGGCUCAAUCGGCAGCACUCCAACCAAUGAUGCUCGUCGGCAGUCUUCAUCGCAGACAAUAACUUUUAAGCGACCGCCAAAACAAGUUAUCGAAGAAAGAAUGGAAGAAGAUCGCGAAAGACAUAAGAGGCUUAGGGAGACUAUAUGGGCGAUCUACCCGUCGCGCGAUGACGAGUCUUUGGAUAAGUCACUGGAUGGUCUAGAGGGCCUUGUGGGCCCGGAAUUUGAGAUGUUUUGGAAGGAUGUUACGUUGGUGGAAAUCAAUGAGGAUGAUAUGGAAUUGAUGGCUGAGGAGGCAGAGCUGAAAGUUGAAAGUUUAUCAUGA